GAGGAUUGAAAUUUUGGAUUUAUGGUUUAAUUGUAAAAAAAGCCUUCGCGUACUAUGUAAACCAGUCUAGUAUGGAUGGAUUAAUGGCCAUUUGAGUUUGAGUGGCCAAAGGAAACAGUUCAAAAUAACGGAAGGGAACUAAGUGAAAAAAUUGGAAGAAAAAAAAUCCAAUUGAAAAGAUUCUGGAGAUCAAAACACUUAGAGUGUGCGUGUCAUUGACAGACAUCGAAAAUGACUUGUUGUAGUUUUGUGGUUUUGGCCAUUAUCGUUGCCUUAGCUUGCAUUGACUGCGCCUGCGUGCAUGCUUACAAAGCCACACAUUACAGUCCAACGCAACAGGUCCAAUAUCUCCCUGUUUCACCUUACGGCUAUGUGGGACCACAACCAGGCAAAUCACAACUAUUUCAAAUAGUCAAUGAAUGGAAAUAUUUGGAUUUUGAAUAUCCCACCUAUGGCCAGAGGCAAAAGUCCAUAGCCAAUAGAGAAUUCAUAGCAGAAAAUAAUUUACCCUUGGGUGUGGAUUUCUACAAGGAUCGCAUAUUCAUAACCACACCCCGCUGGAAGGACGGUGUACCUGCUAGCUUUGGCUAUUUACCCUAUCCUCCUAAGGAACAAAGUCCCCCCAUACGUCCCUAUCCCAAUUGGGAGUCGCAUGGUGAUCCCUAUAAUCCAGAUUGUACCAAGCUCAUAUCUGUCUAUAGAACACAAAUCGAUGAUUGUAAUCGCUUGUGGCUAAUCGAUUCGGGUAUAGUUAAUGCCACGGUAAGCCUUAGUCAAGUGUGUCCCCCGAAAAUUGUGGCCUAUGAUCUGCGCACAGACCAAGCGGUGGUUCAUUAUCAAUUCCCUGCCGAUCAGGUGAAGCAGGACAGUUUACAUUCCAAUAUUGUGGUGGAUGUGCAUAAGGAUCGCUGCGACGACGCCCAUGCCUAUGUCACUGAUGUCUGGCGUUUUGGCAUUGUGGUCUAUAGCCUGAGGAAGAAUCGUAGUUGGCGUGUGACCAACUACAACUUCUCACCCGAUCCGGUGGCCUCAGAUUUCAAUGUGUUUGGCUUGAACUUCCAAUGGCUGGAUGGGGUAUUUGGCAUGAGUUUGUCUAAGGCCAAGACGCCUGAGGAAGAGCGUGUGGUUUAUUUCCAUCCCAUGGCUAGUUUCAAGGAAUUUGUGGUCUCCAAUAGCUUGCUGAAGGAUGAAAGUCUUUGGCCGGCCAAAGCCCAAGAUUUUGCCAAAUAUUUCAUUGCCGUAGGCGAAAGGGGAGUAAAUGGGCAAUCUUCCACCUCGGCCAUUGAUCGCAAUGGCGUCAUGUUCUUUACCCAAGUACAUCGUGACGAUGUGGGCUGUUGGGAUACCAAGAAGCCCUAUGAUGCUGCAAACUUACAUCGUUUCCUGGAGGCCGAAGGCAAUAGCACCCUUAUACAAUUUCCCAAUGACCUGAAAGUCGAUAACGAGCCUACGCAAAGUGUUUGGGUUAUCAGCAAUCGUCUGCCGGUCUAUUUGUAUAGCCAAUUGAAUUAUGAGGAAAUUAAUUUCCGCAUUUUGAAGGCAAAUGCCAAUGAUUUGGUGCAAGGCACUGUGUGUGAUCCCCGGAGUUAUGUGCAUCCCCAACAGCAUUUAGUUCCAGAGUAUCUGUACCAUUGAGCAAACUGAACAGAACACCAUUACAUGCCUUACAAGUUCUUACAGCCUUUCAUGGAGGUGGAUAUUUUGAAACUUUUGAGACCAAUAUUAGUCAUUUUGUUUGUUUGUUUGCAAUGCUCUUUGUAUUUUUUUAAGUGUAGUUAAUCUCCUUUUCAUUGGUGUGAUAAGACGACAUUAUAGAAGAAAAAAUUUGGCAUCUUAUUGUUUUAUUAAUACAUGCUGCCUGUACAUAACAAAACAUAAC